AAACAAAAAAAAAAUAAGAAAACAAGAAAAGCAAAACCCUCAUUCUCUCCCCUGCAAUCACGUGAAACCUCCUUCACGUUCCUUACUCUCAGCCGCCACCACCGCCGGACUGCCGUCGCACAAUCUCCCAUCACCGCCGCCACCGCGUGCGCAGCCGCGACCACCAAGCCAACCACAACCAUCACCUACAUCGUCGUCGCUGCCCUGCUCAGCCGACACCCUAUUCUCUCUCAUCCUUUGCGUGGAAAUCCUCCCUUUCUCCUUUAAUUUCGUGCGCCACCACCACCAACACCAGCGCAGCCACCGGCGCAGCCACCGGUGCACGCGACCUCUGACACUCUUCCUUUGCCGUUGUGCCGCCGCGCCGCUACACCAACUCCGGCCAGCCCUUCCUCCCUCCCUUUUUGGCGGAGAAUUCUUUAUAGGCGAUUUUUGAAUUCGUUAAAGUGGCCUAUCAGUUUGUUUACACAAGGAAUAAAAUGUUUCUUUCCAAGUAUACCAACAUAGGAUCCUUCGAGAAACUUGAUAUAGAAACCCCUGAUAUUUACGUGAAGAAAAUUGUGUUUGGAUGUGAAUAUUAUGCUAAAGUUCAAGGGCAACCUAUCUUAAUGAGAAAGGAUAUCAUAGCAGCCACUAUCAUUAAUUGCUUACCUAACAAAUUUCCAUACCUAGAACUCAAGGAAAAGUUUAAAGACAUGCAUUCUGAUAAUGGAACUCCAAACUUGGCUAAGUAUGGAACUUGGGAUGGUAGAUGGAAAUAUGAUUCAGAAAUUCUGACCACCGUUAUUGAAGCGGCAGAAAGUGGGUUUAGAGACGGUAAAAUCGUAGGGAGUCAUGUUGGGGAUUCAGUUACAGAAGAACCUAUGGGAAUUAGUGUAAAUAAUGACCUAGAGGAAAAUGAUGUAGCUGUGGAGAAUGAGAAUGUAGGUGUUGAGGCAGAGAAUCCUAACCCAGCGGCUCAUGAGCCAACCAUUGAGAUCUCUAGUGAUUCGGAUGCAGAGUUCGAAAGUGAACAGGAGAUGGCAAGUGAGCCUAAUCAAGAUGAAGACAUGGGUGAAGAUGCAAACCCUGAGGAAGACCCCGAUGAAGACCCUGAAGAAGAGUUCGAUGAUCUUGAGAUCUAAAUUUCACUCCGCAAGUUUCAGGAGCAAUGGAUAGGCAAGAGGCCACAAAUAUUUUGAAGUCAUAAAUAGUUAAUUAGCUCUUUUAUGUUUUAAAGAAUAAGUAGCAAAGCUACAACUGUUUAAGGUUUAAGUUUAUUGAAGUUUGAAAUGUUCUUUAUUAUUUUCAAGGAUGUAAUAAACCUCUA